UCAGGUCUGGAUCAGGCUGUCGAUGGUUACCUGGAUCAGGUCAAAUGCUGUGGCGUCAUGGAUGAGUCGGCUUUGGAGCGUUACUUUGAAGACUCCAUUGCAAACGACUCUGGCUUUAUGCUGGGGGAGGGGCUUGGUCUGCAAAGCCCUGCCCUCAUUUCACAUGACCCCUCCCAAUUGGCACAGGACCCCGCCUACCCAUCAGAGAAGUCUGGAGUGAGCGGUGAGGCCGGUGACGAGCUUGACCUCAGUUUCCUUCCCGAUGAGCUUAGCACACAGGAGGAACCGAGCCAUGACGUAUCAGGAGAGCAAGGCGGGUCUGCAGCUCUGGACGUGUCUCAGGACAGCGGUGUUGGUGUGGACCACAACUCCCAGGAAUCCACAACCACCGAGGGCACACAGGAGGCGUCCACAUCAGGAGCGGGGACCAGGGCCUCCCCCUUCUAUCCCAUGACCCCCAUGACCCCUAUGACCCCCGUGACCCCUGUGACAGAGAGGUCAGGAAUCAUCCCGCAGUUACAGAACAUCGUCUCCACGGUGAAUCUGGGCUGUCCGCUGGAUCUGAAGUUCAUCGCCCUGCAGGCCCGAAACGCCGAGUACAACCCAAAGCGCUUUGCUGCGGUCAUCAUGAGGAUCCGCGAGCCACGAACAACAGCUCUGAUCUUCAGCUCUGGGAAGAUGGUGUGCACAGGAGCCAAGAGUGAGGAGCAGUCGCGCCUGGCGGCCCGGAAAUACGCCCGGGUGGUGCAGAAACUCGGUUUCCCCGCCCGCUUCCUGGAGUUCAAGAUUCAGAACAUGGUGGCCAGCUGUGACGUGUGCUUCCCUAUCAGACUGGAAGGACUGGUUCUGACCCACCAGCAGUUCAGCAGGAGCCAAAGAGCGAGCCGAGAUCUACGAAGCGUUCGAGAACAUUUAUCCAAUCCUGAAGGGCUUCAGGAAGCAGUGAGAGCGGCACUUCCUGUUCAUGUGUACAUAUCUGAUUCGAUAUUUGGGCUAAAUAUGUUUUACUUUGAGUCGCUCUGCAGAGUUAUGGGAUGGGAUAUGUUUUAGUCUGUGCUCAAGAGUUCACCAUCCUGAGAAUCUGUUUUCUAAGAGUCAUGUAACUUCAGUGUUUUCAUACACACAUUUCCACUGAGUGAAUAAAUGUGGAGACAUCAGCUGUUGAAAAUAAUCAAGGUUUCUGUGUACGUUGUACGGCCCUUAAAACCAUCUUUACUGAGCGGUUGAAGCUGGAGCGCAGGAACAGUUUGGAAGAAGGUGUCACUCAAAACCCCAAAUUUAAUACUGAGCUUUUCACACCUGAGCUUCUGUAAUUGUGGGAAACACACCAGAUACAAAAAGACAGUCUCAUCUGGAUUACGUUAU